ACGUACGGGAGCGAUCCUCAAAAAAAAAAGUGAGUAGUACUACCUUGUCCAGUUGUCUAGGUUCAGCAGGAAAUAUGAGCAUGGCCAUGGCGCAGUCGGCGCGGCGUGUCGCGAGGUCGGCGGCGAUGGCCCAUCUAGGGGCCCGCUUCUUCGUGGCCGGUGGUCGCUCAUCCGCGGCGCUCGGCAUCGGGCCUGUGCGUACCGCGCGCGCAGCUGCCAUGGGGACGCCGGAAAUGUGGAAAUGCGGCGGUGCUCGCUUGAGCAGCACCGCGGCCACGCCGGUAUCAGGCCCCUUGACGCCGCCGGCGUCUUGCAGUAAGAAGAAGAAAGAGGAGACGGAGGCGGCGAGCUACUGGGGCGUGGCGCCGACGAGGCUCGUCAAGGAGGACGGGACCGAGUGGAAGUGGUCGUGCUUCAGGCCGUGGGAUGCGUACGAGGCGGACGUGUCCAUUGAUCUGACGAAGCACCACCAGCCGGCGACGAUGGGGGACAAGAUGGCCAGGUGGACGGUCAAGGCCAUGCGCUGGCAUGCCGACCUCUUCUUCCAGAGGAGGUACGGCUGCCGGGCGAUGAUGCUGGAGACGGUGGCCGCAGUCCCCGGCAUGGUGGCCGGCGUGGUGCUCCACCUCCGGUCGCUCCGGCGCUUCGAGCAGAGCGGCGGAUGGAUCCGGGCGCUGCUGGAGGAGGCCGAGAACGAGCGCAUGCACCUCAUGACCUUCAUGGAGGUGUCCCAGCCGCGGUGGCACGAGCGCGCGCUCGUCGUGGCCGUCCAGGGCGUCUUCUUCAACGUCUACCUCGCCACCUACCUGCUCUCCCCGAGGGUCGCGCACCGCGUGGUGGGCUACCUGGAGGAGGAGGCCGUGCACUCCUACACCGAGUUCCUCCGCGACCUCGACGCCGGCAAGAUCGACGACGUGCCCGCGCCCGCCAUCGCCAUCGACUACUGGCGCCUCCCGCCCGGCGCCACGCUCAAGGACGUCGUCACGGUCGUCCGCGCCGACGAAGCGCACCACCGCGACGUCAACCACUACGCCUCCGACAUAUAUUACCAGGGGCAUGCGCUGCGGGAGGUACCUGCACCGAUCGGCUACCACUGAGAGAAGAUAAUCAGUUAGUAGUAAUAAACGUAAUGGAGCUUGUGUGGAUGCAAUGAUCGUUGCUGACUUGCUGGUUCCGAACUUGUUUGAAAAUAAAAGAUCUACUACUAGUGUUGCGUACAUGUAUAGCCAUGCAAUUGUUGUAUUCAAAAAGCCAUUCCCUUGUGUUCGUUGUGUACGUAUCCCUGGUUUGAUUAUCUCCUGUUUUUCG